CCCUACACACAAAUAUACACGUACAUAAUAUACUCAACAACCUUAACACAAACAGCAUCAAGGGCGUCAUACUUGACAUGUUCGUGGCUGGAACCGGCACGUUGGCGUCAUCGCUGGAUUGGGGUAUGUCUGAGCUCAUGCGGAAUCCAAGGGUGAUGGACAAGUUGCAGCGUGAGAUCCGAGAGGCGUUCUGUGGCAGGGCGACCAUCAGUGAAGGCGACAUCGAGGCCAGCGAGCUCCCAUACCUGAAGCUUUUCAUCAAGGAGAACCUCCGGCUACACCCGCCAGCGCCACUCCUGGUGCCCCGGGAGUGCGUCGAGGCCUGUGAGGUCGACGGAUACCUGAUUCCCGCGGGUUCACGCCUUGUCAUAAAUGCAUCGGCUAUUGGGAGAGAUCCAAGGUAUUGGGAGGACGCUCAAGAAUUCAAGCCCGAGCAGUUUGAGGACAGUUCCGUCGAUUUCACAGGGAGCAACUACGAGUUUCGGCAGUUCGGGGCCAGACAGAGGAUGUGUCCGGGCAUAUCCUAUGGGCUCCCAGUCUUGCAAAUGGCGCUUGUACAACUCUGCUACCACUUCAACUGGUCCCUGCCUGAGGGCAUCACCGAGGUGGACAUGACGGAGAGGGGUGGCCUUGGUCUGCGCCGCAAGUUGCCUCUCCGGCUCUGUGCCAAGUCAUUUGUCCCCGAGUCAGUGUAUGAAAUAUAA